AUGCCACAAUCUUUAACCUCUGUCGUGAAAAUGGGUGACUUCAUCCUAAAGAACUCAGCGCUGGCCAAAAUUGCCGUUCCAGUUGCUCAACAAUUUGUCAACCUAUCUGGUUACAGAAAGAUGGGUCUCAGAUUCGAUGAUCUGUUAUCUGAAGAGAACCCAGUUGCUCAAACCGCCUUGAAAAGAUUGCCAGAAGAUGAAUCCUACGCAAGAGUUUUCAGAAUUAUCAGGGCUCACCAAACCAGUUUGACUCAGCACUUAUUGCCAGAAAAUGAGUGGAUUAAGGCUAGCGAAGAUGUUCCUUACUUGACUCCCUACAUUUUGGAAGCUGAAGCAGCUGCUAAGGAGAAGGCUGAUCUGGACAACUUGGAGAUCAGCAAAUAA